AUGCCUGCAGAUACUCUCGACCUGCAAGAUCACGAUGCACCUUCAGCCAAGGACCACACGCGACAACCUACACAUCCUUCGCCCUAUGGCUUUGGGCCAGCCGCGCCCCAUCAGGCCCAAACUCUGAGACUCGCCGAAGAGGAGGCUUUUCAACAACAACACAUUAGUCCGCGGGCCUCAGAAGACGGGCCCAACGCCGGCUUCCUACAUGAGCAGCAUUUCUAUGACGACGUGGACGACGACCGAGACGACGACCACACAAGUUCGCAAGAUGGAACGACCGGAAGUGGCUAUCACGUGCAGGAUCUUGACGACGGGGAAGGCGGUGACUCCCAGGACGAGGACAUGGAUGACGACCUACUGGACAAAAUAUCGAGCUCACCCUCAAUUGAAGAUGGUAAAUACACCCUACCCCCCUGGCCCCCGCGAGCGGAUUCUGUGGAUUCUGGAGCUUCCCCAGCUCCAGCAUCAACGCCGACUCGAGGCACCAUCGCUUCUUCACCGUUCUCUUCUACUCCUGAGCACUUCCCGUUGCGCCUAUUGCCAGUGGUUCAAUCGGCAUGUCAUCAUGGUGAGUAUGAGGUGGAGCAGGUAUAUGCGGCGAGAUACCAGCCUUUAUGUCAUCAACCGGAAGCCUCACAGCUAGAUGAAUCUUCCCCAACACCGUUGCCCAACGUGUUGCCCUCGCAGUCUCAUGGUAUAGCGCUGUCCGAAUCCCAAGAAUUUAGGAGAUACUUGUUACCCCUAGACGACCCGAUCUUGGCCGGUACAAUCGACGCAGGCGAGGACUAUCAAGAAGAGUCCGUGUACGGUGACGCUGAUGACUGGGAAGAUGAGGAAUCCUGCUCACCUUGUUCUGAGUCGAGUUCAGAUGAUGACGCUGAUAAUUUUCAAUUUUCUCUUGACGAUCGCUUUAUCGACUCUGGUUGGGGAGGAGAAUGCUUACGAGAAAUAGAGGAUAUUGACUUCGAGUUUGUGUACGCCUUACACACCUUUGUCGCAACGGUCGAAGGCCAAGCCAAUGCUACGAAAGGCGAUACCAUGGUGCUGCUUGAUGAUAGCAACAGUUACUGGUGGCUCGUGAGAGUCGUGAAAGAUGGCAGCAUUGGCUACCUACCCGCAGAACAUAUUGAGACACCCACCGAAAGAUUAGCUCGACUUAACAAGCAUAGGAAUGUAGACCUAUCUGCUCGCAUGCUUGGCGAUAACCCUGAAAAAUCCAAGAAUCCUCUGAAAAAGGCGAUCCGUCGAAGAAAUGGUAAGACAGUACAAUUCGCUGCUCCAACAUAUUAUGAGCCCGAAGAGUAUGAGUACUCUGAUGAGGACGACGAGGAAGAUGAGAGCCACCUCGAGCACAUGGGCCUCGACAACUCUGACGAGGGCGAAACCGCCGAUGAUCAGCAAGAGGCAUCUGCAGCCAAUGAACCCCAGGAACAGCGCGAUGCAAUCACCAUGAAUGGCAUUCAACGAACAACUAGCAACGACAGCUUCAAGGACGAACUCUCUUCUAGCCCCACAAAGACACAAAAGCCAUAUACGGGGCUAGAGCAGUCACAGGCGGAAGAACCAGCGCAGAGAUCGCGAAAAGGGGUGGUCCGGAAUACAGACUCUUUCUUCAAAGAUGACACACUAGAAACAAAGAAGAUCUCGCUAACUCCACGGCUGCUCCGAGGAGAUUCAGAGACUGGGGACUCUGCUGAGCGAGAAGUACGUCAAGAGCCAAGCUUGGAAACUUUUGACAAGAUGGUCGGGCCCGAUGACAAGUCAAAGGAGAAGAAAAGGGAGAAGAAGGGUAUGCUUAGUGGUCUUUUCAAAAGGAAGAAGGGAACCAGUCACGAGGAAGCUGAAAGAAUUAUGGAAGAUUCUCACCAAUCGUCGCAGGCGAAAGAUUCUCUGGAGUCGCUGUCAACGAAGCCAGACGCUGGGCCAGAGAGAAAGCCCAGUAAGCUGCAGAAGACACCUCCGACUAAUUCGCCCAAAGCUUCACCCACAGAGCCGAAGGCUCUACAACGAGACACGUCCGAUCCCUCUCAAAGCAGUGUGCCUCCUGCACCCACAGGGCCUGCGCCUGCACCGCCAACGGUCCGAAAAGUUGAACUCGAGACUUCACGGCCCGCAGAACAAACGAGCCCUGAGACUACACCGUCUCAGGCGCCUGUCCAAGUCAAUAGGUUUCCUUCUCUUACUGAAAAGAGGUCUAUUUUUUCGCCCAUUACAAUGGCUUUGAAGUCUACCCCUUCAAAUGUUCCAGAUGGUGGGUUCGGUGUCAAGUCAACUUAUUCGAAGAGAGCUAAGGAGCGAUUUGCGAUAGACGACACCGAGUCUGAAGGAGACGACGAGGCUCCCAAAACUGAACAGGAUCGACAAAGUAUCUCUCCGGCCACGAGUGCACAAGUGUUACUACCGCGGUCAGAUUCGGCCAUGCAUGUUUCACCCAUAGAGCCUUCGACUCCAAACAGAUUUGGAGACGCCAAGCAUGAGCCUUCUCCUCAACAAGCAACGUUAGCCUCAUCUCCUCCUCCACUUGAAUUCAACCCAGCGGACUCGGAAGGGACUGCCAGCACUUCCAAACUAUCGCCCUCCAGUGCUCCUCAUACUCCAUCAACCUCAAGGUCUACACCGACAUGGUCAGACGCAUCUCUCCGAACAUAUAUGGAGAACAACCAAGAUAUCAAAGAUCUUCUGAUUAUCGUUCACGAUAAGUCGAAUGUUACACCUGUUGGUCCAGACCAUCCUCUUAUGCACAAUCUCUUCUCGGACGAGCGGACAAAACUAGCGGAGAUGCAGUCACAACUUGAUAACAUGUUGAUGCACUGGAUAUCGAAGAAGAACGCGCAUUUACUAUCAGCCGCGACUUGA